AGAAGUGCGGGCGCUUCCGCUGGAGCCUCUGACAGCAGCAGGUCCCGUUUUCUCUUGGCUUUUCUUUCCCUCCGCCUGUCUCUCCUUUGCCCCUUGGCCUCUGCCCCUCGGCUCGCUACAGUCAUCUGUCUCUCCAUGUCUUCACCUAUGCAUCAGCUCUGAAAACCGCCGGCCCCGUGCGUCAGUCAGAUCGUCAAAUGCGCAAACGGAAACGAUGGAGCUGCACAUUCUAGAGCACAGGCUGAAAGUGGCGAGUAUAGAGCGGGAGGGCAUCCAGAUCUGCACGCACGGACUCAUCAAGCUGGCCUUCCUCUCGUCCAGAACCAGGUGCAAGUUUUUCAGCCUGACUGAGACGCCUGAGGACUACACCAUCAUCGUGGAUGAAGAGGGCUUCAAAGAGCUGCCACAGACUGAGCACAUGAGUGUCGCCGAUGCCACAUGGUUGGCCCUGAACGUGGUGUCAGGUGGCGGGAACGCAUCGAACUCUCAGCCAAUUGGAGUCACCAAAAUCGCCAAAUCGGUCAUCGCUCCGCUGGCUGACCACAACAUCUCCGUGUUCAUGCUGUCCACAUACCAGACCGACUACAUCCUUGUGCGGGAACGCGACCUGCCACUGGUCAUGCACACUCUGUCAUCAGAGUUCACCCUGCUCCGAGUGGUCAACGGAGAGACGGUCGCCGCUUCGCUACUGGGGGUCACCAAUGGCUUCGACAAACCCAAACUCGUUCCUAGACCGAUCAUCCAUCCGCUCUCCAGCCCUUCUAACCUGUUCUGUGUGACCAGCCUGGACCCGGACACACUGCCCUCUGUAGCCACUCUACUCAUGGACGUCAUGUUCUACUCAGGAGGGCCCAAAGAUGGCAGCGGGUGUCCAGACGACUCCUCCAGAAUCCGCUUCUUCUCCUUCUCCCUGAUUGAAGGCUAUAUCUCCCUGGUGAUGGAUGAGCAGACUGCGCAGAGGUUUCCCAAUAAUGUCCUGUUCACCAGUGCGUCUGGAGAGCUGUGGAAGAUGGUGCGCAUUGGGGGACAGCCUUUAGGAUUUGACGAGUGUGGCAUUGUAGCACAGAUCUCCGAGCCCCUGGCCACUGCCGACAUUCCAGCCUACUACAUCAGUACAUUCAAGUUCGACCACGCACUGGUUCCAGAGGAGAACAUCCAGAGUGUGAUUGGAGCUCUGAGGACAGAGAGCACGGCGCAGUGACCCAACCUCCUCUCUCCCCUCCUCCUGCUUCCUCUCUCCUCCUCUCUUCUUCUCCUCCUUCCUCUUUUCUCUUCCUCCCUCCUCACCUCCUCCUUUCUUCCUCCUUUUACUCCUCCUCUUUUUUUUCCUCCUCCUUCCUCCUCUCCUUGGGACUUUAAACUGUCCAACAAGUGCCAAGAGUCUGGACUGGAGCUCCACUCACUGUAUGUGUGUGUAUGUGUGCGUGUGCGGGUGUGAUUCUCCAACAUACCUCCUCAAUGACUCCAUGAGAAGUAAACUGUACAUUAACUUUUCCAUAGACUUUUACUACAUUUCAAAACGUAUUCGAUAAGAAUAUAAGGCAUGACACUGGCUAAUGCAUUUAUAUCUAUAUAUUUGAAAUGUUAUGGUUUCUGGUCAUGAAUGUCUCUGUAAUCAGCUUGCAUCAAACUUUUAAUCUUACAUUAUCUCAUUUAUUAAAAAAAAAACAAAAACGUGUAUUUCAUUAAAGAGGGGGUAUAAAGCAAUUUUUUGAGCUUUCUACCAUGUAAUGAUGUUGUUCCAGAAACAUGCCCGAAGAGGUUUUAGAUGUCAUCCGUGCAUGUUUGAGUAAUUUAGAUAUCUCUCACACUGUGUCCUCCUUCCCUUUGCCUUCCAUUAAUCAACCUAUUUUAUAAGCUUCACUUUGUGCUGCGAUAGUGCUCUGUAGGUGAGUACGUUGUUUUUGGCAAAUAUAUCAUUUUUAAAACAAAGCACAGGAAAAGUCCAGGGUUUUACCUGUGACGCAACUAAAUGGGCAAAAUGCAGUUAGAGCAUUUUCAAGAGAGCAUCUAAAUACUGCUACAAGUAUGUUUUAGAUUAGGGGACAACAGUAUAACAUAGUUAAAAGUUCAAAAAAGGCCAAACGAAGGUUAAAAAAAAGACAAGUGGAUCUAGGAGGAAUUGAGGAGGUACACUGUGAGAAUCUGGAUGCGGCCGGAGAGCGUGCUAAGAGGGCCUUUUUCUGUCCCUUCUGCCCUGCUGGUAUGGAGGCUUUAGUUUACUGUGUUAUGUUCAGGGGUCCUAAAAAAGUCUGGAUUUUCUUUGCUUAUCUGUCUUUGUUUAGCUUUAAGCCACAGCUACUGUUUUAGCCUUGUUUAAACUACAGAAACUGUGCCCAUUUGUAAGCACAGAAAUGAUGGCCGAAUGACUUGUUCUUGUUACAAUACCAACACAUUAUGGGAGGUCAUUUAAAGGUGCACUAUGUAACCUUUCUGCCACCUGCAUGUCUGAGAGUUGUUAUUGCUUUGCCUUGAAGGUUCCACAGUACAGCAUUAAACUUCAAUUACAGCCUAUUGCCCCAGGUCAGGGUUGUCAAAAGUAUCAAAAAGAUACUAAUUUAAGCAGGAAUCAAUACAAAAAAGUCACAUUCACUGGACAUUAUGAACCUUUUCUAAAUAGCUUUAGAAUGAUCUUGAGCUGUAUCAGAGCAAAUAUAAGAUGACAUAGACUAAUAUGGACCACUAUGGACACAGAUGGCCACAUGGUAACAUAAAAGAAAGUACAAUGAUUUAAUGUUGAAAAUCAUAUAUUGUUUAAAGAAAGGGUACUUUUUAUUAUCAUUGUGAAUAUCGAGUCUAUUCCUUAGUAUCAAAAUAAAGUUUGAAAUUUUAGUAUCAACACUACUACCAGGGUUUUGAUUUCUAAAAGACACCUUGCCUAGCAGGGAUUCUUACUGUAAGCGAGGUCACCUCUCCAUAGAUCCAACCGCUAACUUGGCCUGGUCACUUGUCUGUCUCAAUGGGUAGACACUUUUAAUGCCACACUGUGGAAAAUCUUGUGCAAGACAAGCAGAGGGCAUAAAUCACACCUGAAAGUUAUGCUUGAUUUUUUUUUUUUUUUUUUGUUUUAUGGAAGACUUGUACUUUUUCAACUUGUUCUUUGAAUCGUUUGACUUUUCCAGACUUUUUCUUGAGUUUGAACACUGCUUUUGCCCACUGCCCCUGAACGCUCCACUCUGUGUUGGUGACAUAAGCCUCAGAUGAAGGGCUGACCAAUGCACUCGCACUAAAAGAUUGAACUCUUUGAUUAUAAUGGCGAUUACAAGUAUGUCCACCUCUCAUGGUUUUCAUAGGCUAUAUCUCAGUGCCAUAAGUGUGGAUGCCUUUGUCCUGAUACUGUAAACAUGUGCAAUGUGAGGAGGAUUACGCAGAAGGAUCUUAGUCCUCCAAUUCUGCAAAACAUAUUUAUGUGAGUUUAAAUGACAAUUCAGAAUGUUUAUUAAGAUUUGUGCUAUUUCAAUUGACUGAGUAUGAUCAUUCACACAUACAGCCUGAUCCAGGAAUUUACCUGCAUUUUACCACAACAAGGUCAUGUGUGAACAAAGCCAGGGCUGACUUUUCUACAUUUUUGAUCUGGCAAUAUGCCGGCUUAAUUACUGGGAAUAUGCAUGGAUGGUGUAUGUGUAAAGAAAGCCAGAAAAUGUUCAGGACAAUCAUUUGGUUUCCUUAGUUACCACUUUGUUUUCCUGGUUACGUUUCCUUCAUUACGAGCUUGUUUUCCUGGAUACAUUUCCUUAAUAACAAGCUUGGUUUCCUGGUUAUAUUUCCUUAAUAACAAGCUUGUAUUCCUGGUUACGUUUCCUUCAUUACGAGUUUGUUUUCCUGGUUACAUUUCCUUAAUAAUGAGCUUGGUUUCCUGGUUACGUUCCAUUCCCAUUCAAUUUAGAUGAUGCAGCAGUGUCUUGCUAAUGCAGAAAGCCCAAUUCAAGGUUAUGUGUGAACAGAGCAGACCCAGCAAUGUUCUGGGACUGGUGUAUCUGUGAAUAGGCAUCACUGCUGAGUGUUCUGCAAUUUGUACCUGGCAACUUUCUGGGAACUAUGUGUGAAUGGGGCUAUAGAUCCCAGAAAUUUGCCAGGUAUAAAUGCCAGAACACUCAGCAGUGACCCCCAUUCAGACAUGCACCCGUCCCAGAACAAUGCCGGGUCUGAUCUGUUCACACCUAAUCUACAUUUCGCUCUCUGCACUCUCUCACAUAGCAUCAUACUUCUGCUUCAUUUCAAUUUAAUGAUAAUGGAAUGUAACCACAUAGCGUAACCAGGAAACCAAGUUUGUAACCAAGGAAACCAAGCAGUGGUAAUGCCAAUUUUCUGGCUUUUUCACACAUAAGCCUUCCCUGCAUAUUUCUAAUAAUUUACUUGUGAAAUUUACUUGUGAAAUCAGAAAUGCAGGGAAGUCAAUUCUGGCUUUGUUCACACAUGGCCAGGCUGCAUGUGUGAAUGGGGCUUAAGAUAUUCAAGAAGUUAUUUCAAGCAUUUUUUGUCUAAUUUCAAAAGUGCACUGAGUGACUUUGCUGGUAGAGGGUCCGCAACCUGCUUUUCUCUGUGGAGGGAAUGUUCCAGAGUAUGGUAUUAAAUGUGUGUCAGCAUUUAUUUCAGUAAGGGUGUUUUUAUUGGUCAAAAUUACUUUUACUGCAAGGGCUCGCCUCUGCACAGAUCUCAUCUUCAACUUGGAACUUGCUUGUCUCCAUGAAGAUAGAUGCAUGCUGAACUGUGGAACAUAUAGUAACAUCUAUGGAAGUCCCUCCACCUGCAAAGUUAACCAGUGCAUCUUUAACUGUAAUGCAUUCUCUUAAGCCCCAAACAGUCAUUGAAGGAACUGACCCAAGGACCUUUUGACUGGGAAAUGUGACUUUAUAUAAACCGAUCCUAACUUCUCAAGUCUGGCUAAUAUUGUGAACUGGAAUCAUUUGAGCUCACGUGAAUUCCAUAUUCCUUGCAGUGAAGUUCAGAAACAUGGUUUUCAUUUCAGAUUUGUGUAGCUUUUGUGAACGAUUUUUGAUGAUCUUAAAGAGGCCCUGAGACCUGACUGGUGUCGCCAUGGUGAUGGGAAAACAGGAAGUGAAACUGUUAUGCCAUGUUAUGUACUGUCAUUUUGAAUAUGCUGCAAACUGUGAGCAACUGGGUCUUUCACAAGCACUGAACAUAAAGUUUUAAAGUUGGAUUUGUUCGAUUUUUCAGGGUCAAUAUAACAUUUUAGAUUGAAAGUGCUAUACCUGAUUAUUACCGUCUUAAAAUCAGGAAAAAACGGAAACUAGUUCUACUUUAAACAGUUCGCAGUGAUCCAGUUAUUCCUCACUUACCUUAUGCAUUCUGAGCAUCCUCAUUAGGCACCACGAGCUUAUAAGCACUUUUCACAACUUUCAGAGGCCAGAGCAGAGUUUUGCAGUCAUAAGGCUAACAACAACUAGCUUGUAACAGUUCACUUCCUGAUUAUCAGACAAUAAAAUCUUUAUAAUUAGAUGCAGAAAGUACACAUUGGAUGUAUUUUGUCCCCAAGAGCUGCUUAUGCAAUAUAUAUAUACUAGGGAAAGAUACAUUUUGCUCAAAAGGAAAGAACGUUGGUACAGGGCCUUUAAAGUGCACUGUUGGCAUGCUAGUUGUUGGCUAUAACUCACAGCAAUAACUCUGCACUGCUCUCUAUGAGUUGUGAAAAGCACUUAUUUAUUCAUUGAGUUGAGUCUGUGAAUAUCUAGGAUGUUCAGAAUGCAUAAGGUAAGUGAGGAAUGAGUUUAAAAUGAGCUAGUUCAGUUGUUCAUGUUUAUAAGACGGUAAAAAUCAGGUGUAACUACACAAAUGCUGACAGGACAUGCAUUUCUUGUCUUGUAUCUAAACGUACUUCCAUAGUAUAUCACCUGUUUUGCUAGAGCUUUAAAGUUGCUCACAGUUUGUAUUGAUUUGAUGCAAUGCUACAAGUACCCAGACUGAGCCACUUUUAGAGGAAAUGACAUUACUCUCCACAACUUUAGAUUACUCUCACUGUUGUCAUAGCAACACUCCGGCCUACCUGUAAGUGACAAUAUCAUAAUUCCACCACCCAAAGGAAUUCUGUACUCUGGCCUGGGUAGGAAUGUAAUCAUUUAUCAACUAUAAUUUUGUCCGCAUGAGGUCUUGUUCUGUGUAAAAGCUGCUAACCCUGUACUUAGACCUCUACAAAUAUGGUCUAAAAUGUGCAUGUGUCAGAUGCCCUUCCUGUGUCUCCAUGAGGUUUCAUUCUAUGCCUGCUAAUCCUGUAGUUUAGAACAUAUUCUGAAAUCUCCCUGAUAUUUUGAAAUUUUGUUUUAAAGGAACUGUAGCCUUCCAUCGUGUUUUGUAAUUAAGAAUAAAUCAACCUUAAAAUUGUCAUCAGUAAAAGCUCUAUUUCAGUUGAGCCUGUUUACCUUGUAUCUGGGGGCACAUAUCAAAGUUUAAAAUCAACAUCUAACAUACAGUUCCUUUUCAAAGUUUUUAUUUAUGUUUACAGGUAAAAUCAGCACAACAGGAUGGGCCUUAGUGACGUCACACUCAACAGCUAAUACCUCACUAAUACCUAAAACCUUUUCAAAAUUCUGACCAAUCACACAAACGUUUGCUGACAGAAUGUAAAGUUGUGGAGUAUGUGAUGGCGUUCAGUGUAGUUUUAGGAGUUUGAUAAGCUAUGCCCUGGCCCCAGACCCGCUCCCUCUCCUCCAGACCCCUCCCCUCUUCCCUUUGUCCUAUGUGCACUUUAUAAGAGUCCAGCCUGGAGUCCCGCUACAUCUCCAUAUGACCACAUCAGGCACACAUAUUAUGCUUUUUGAUAUUUUUUACAGUUAAAGGCAUCUGUGUUGGCAUCAUGUUGACAGUAGGUUGCAUUCUCGUGGCAUCACAACAUUCUAAACUCCCUAUAGUUUAAAGGGCCCAUAUUACGCCAUUUUCUGAUCUGUUCUAAUGUUGUUUCCUCAUCAGGAGUUAACAGCAUUCUAACAUGGCUAAAAGCUCACAAGAGUCAAUUUUGUGUGAUAUAGGAUGUUUAAAAUGAGCUGGAGGACAGGUCAGAAUUUUCAAGUGGAAUUUGCUGUUUAACUGUCAGAUUGCAGAUUUGUUUAGCUAGUUUAUGGUUAAUAUCUGUAAUUACUGGGCCUAUACCCAUGAAAGAAAAACUGGGACAAACUCAACGUCUUCUGUCAGUAUAAAUAAUACAAAUACAGUACAAAUAAUGAGAAGGUUCAAACAUUUGUGGAUCAUAAGUAUUGAGACUUCUUCCAAAAACAGUAAAUCUCAGUUCCAUUUAGUUAUAUAUAAUAUAUAAUGUUGUGAUGUCAUCUGAACCCCAGCAAAGUGGCUGUUUUUCAUAUAGUGCAAUAGAAAAGCAUACUAUGUCUGCUGCAGUGUGAAUGUUAAAUAUGAUCAGUGUUAUAUCAGCUGGAUGAAGCGGUUCUGUUUCCUCUGGUCUGGUCUAAACUGUUGUUUUUGUGAAGUUUGAGUUUGCACCAUGUCAGGGCUCUGUUACUCUCCUCUGUGUCAGAAUCUAAUAAACUGGUGACACUCUGCCAA